AAGCCCGUCCAAAACACAGAGAAGGAGGGAAGCGCGGGCGGGGGGGGCGCUUCCCCCGUCGUGACUCGAGGAGCCAGGCGAAGGCGCGGGGUUAACCUGCAGCUGGGGCUCUUCGGGAGGGAGUUGCUGCCACUCGCUCUCCCCAGCCGCCUCCCUUGGCAGCUUCUUGCCGCGCCUGCCUUGCACGGGAAGGGAAUCCCCUCCCCACCUCGCUGCACGCCCGUGGUUGGAGCGACGCAGGAAGCAGCUGCCAUGUUGCUAAGGAUGAAGGUGAAGAGAUGGCCUCUUUUGUAAGUUGCUCCUUUGCCAGUGUAAUACCUACCAAGGCCAUCUGUUGCAGAUCUGUUUUUAAGUACUUCCACACUGCAGUCCUAGUCAUGUUUAUUGGGAAAUUCAUUAUGGUUGCCUUUACUGUCCUUGCUGCUCUCAUCCUUGCUACAGGAUACUCACAAGAAGCAGAUGAAACUAUCACAUAUACGCAAUGCACAGAUGGUUAUGAAUGGGACCCCGUCAUGCAGCGAUGCAAAGAUAUCGAUGAAUGUGAAAUUGUGCACGAAGCGUGUAAAGGUGGAAUGAAAUGUGUUAAUCACUUUGGAGGAUACCUCUGUCUGCCCAGAACAGCCCAGAUCAUUGUCAAUAAUGGUCAAGAAGAAACAGUAUCAGAGACUGCUGGUAGCAGAAAUGGUAAUCCCAUCAUUCGUCGAACACCUGUAGAUCAUGCAGCAUCUCGGAUACAGUGUGCAGCUGGGUAUGAGGCAAGCGAUCAUAAUGUGUGCCAAGAUAUUGAUGAAUGUACCACUGGCGCCCACACCUGUAGGUCAGAUCAGGUCUGUGUCAACUUAAGAGGAUCGUUCACCUGCCAGUGUCGAGUUGGGUAUCAAAAGCGGGGAGAACAGUGCAUUGACAUUGAUGAAUGCAUGAUCCCUUCCUUUUGCCACCAUCGGUGUGUGAACAGUCCUGGUUCCUACUACUGCCAAUGUAACGCUGGCUUUCAGUUAACAACUGACAACCGCACAUGUGCAGACAUAAAUGAGUGUGAGACCGGCAACCCCUGCGCCCAACUGUGCUACAAUAUAGUUGGUUCUUUCCUAUGCCAGUGCAAUCAAGGCUUUGAGUUAAGCCCAGAUAGAAUCAGUUGUGAUGAUGUUGAUGAAUGUAGAGCUUCUAACUUCCUGUGCCAAUAUCAAUGUGUCAAUGAGCCAGGAAGAUUCUCUUGCGUGUGUCCAGAUGGAUACCAGUUGGUCAGAGGAAGAAACUGUCAAGAUAUAAAUGAAUGUGAAGUAGGCAAUGAAUGUCGAGAAGAUGAGAUGUGUUCUAAUUAUCACGGUGGUUAUCGCUGUUACCCAAGAAAUCCUUGUCAAGAGCCUUACAUGCUUGCAUCUGAAAAUCGCUGUAUUUGUCCAGUGUCUAAUCCUCUUUGUCGGGACCUGCCAUACUCCAUUGUUCACAAGUAUAUGAGCAUCCACUCAGAGAGGACUCUGCCAUCUGAUAUUUUCCAAAUCCAAGCAACCACAAUUAUCCCCAAUACAAUUAACACCUUCCGGAUUAAAUCUGGAAAUGAAAAUGGAGACUUCUUUCUUAGACAAACAAGCCCAGUGAGUGCAAUGCUUGUGUUGGUCAAGCCAGUAACAGGUCCACGAGAACAUAUCAUCGACCUGGAGCUGCUGACGGUCAACAACAUGAACUAUCGGUCAAGUUCAGUACUGAGGUUAACACUAAUUGUGGGACCUUACUCCUUUUAAUCACUGAAGUUAAGUAAUUUGCAAGCACCCAGAGCAACCAAAGAAGCUUUCUUUUGAAUGAAGCACUUAUGAUUUUAUUUAUAGAUUUUACAUGGUGGUUUUUUUAAAGGAAAAGAAACUUUAUUAAAGAAAUCAGUACUUGUAAUCAUGCUAUUAUACAAUAUAACCUGGACAUUGUCACUUUCUGUUGAGAAACUGCACCUCUGUCUUACUUACAAUAAUUUGUAGCCAUUGCCAUCCUAUAGCAUAGCACCUCUUUUCUGAAAAAAUGCAUGGAGGGAGUGAGCUGAAUUACAUUCUUACUCUGAUCCUGCUUCUGUGUAAUUAGUAGAAGCUGUGAUCAGAACUCUGCACGGGCAUGAAUAACCUGUGUACACUAUAUGGGGGUCUGAGCCAGCAGAAUUUCCAAUUUCAUGGAAGCGUCUGACUUUUGACACAUCCAUACCCCUUUAUACAUUGAGUAAUCAUAGUCUGAGUUGUGGGGUUAGACUACAAAUAUAGUUAAUGUGAUUGCAGUAUGUGGGGUUAGACCACAAAUAUAGUUAAUGUGAUUGCAGUAACAUAAAAAAAGCCUUCAUAGGUUUUCAAAAUAGCAUGGAAAUUAACCUUGUUUUCAGUUGUGAGAUUCAGGAUGUGUGUGCACAUAUUUAACUCAAUAUUACUUUUAUCCAGUGAGAUAGUGGGCAUCGUAAUCCAGUAUGCCAAUAAAACUCCUUUGCUUGCAAUGGCUCCAUUUAUUUCAACAGAGGAAAUAAAUCCAUAUGUGUAUUUUUCUAUUUAAAAGGGUAAAAUAACCCAGCUGUUAAGAAAAAGAGCUUCAUAUGUUAUUUGAAACACAUUCAGAGUCAUACAAUGUGGCCCAGAUCAAAGAGAGCCGUUUUAAUAUCCACUGACUGUAAGCUCAAUGGGAUUUUGAUAGUUACUGAAUAGCUACUGAAUUCAACCACCAGUGUCAGUGAUACAUACACAUACAGCCUUCCAGUGCUCAAGGUCCUAGAUUCUGUGCUUUUAAAUCCUCUCAAGUAGCAAAACGAGGAAAGACCCCUGCUGUUGACAGUCAAAAUACAGACUGGGCUAUAUGGACAAACUCCUGCUUCGUAUGUGGAGGAUUCAGAUAUUUCUCCAAUGUAAGUGAAACACAGCAAAGCAUACCAAUAGGAGAAAAUAGUGUUCCUAGAGGGGGAUUCUUGAAGUAUUGUAUUCCUUCAGGGCCAUGUAGUGGAACAGACACUUCUCUGUAUAUUAACCUGAGUACGAAGGACAUUUCAGCACAGUAAUAUAUAUAUUAGAUAUAUCCCUUGCUGUUGUCCUUUUAAAGUGCCUUAUAAGGAUUGAUAGAGAUCGUUUUUAAAAAGAAGGAAUUCUGUAGAGAGUUAUUUGUUCUCAUAGUGGAGUUUUUUAAAAUACGAUGUAAGAUUAAUAGAUAUCAUAAGGAGGAAAUAGUUUGCACUUGGUGUUUCCUGAGCAAAAGAUACUGGGCAGACCUUUUCUACUUAAACAUACUACUCAUUAAUAUUUUAACUUUUCCAAGAAAAAUAGGACAUAAGAAGUAUUUGCCAAACAUUCAUAAGACUCUCAACCAAAACAAAACAAAACAAUCAUUUGGAGAAAUCAUUUUGUAUGAGUAUAUUGUUUAUUACAGGGAACAGUCUUUCAAGUUCCUGAGCAAAGAGGUGGGGAGAAGUAGAUAUAUGUUUGUAUACUAAGAUCGCCCAAUCUAAAAAACAGCUGUUUUUACGUUAUUUCUUUUUAAAAUCAUUUUUGGCACUUGCUUCUCUAUUUUUAAAUUUGAGGUCCAAGAAUUAGCUUCUCUUGAUAAAGCUUUCUACAAUAUGACAUUGUCUUAGUCAACUGAUAUAUCUGUUUUAUAACUCAGAUUUGUGAUUCUAAAUGUAUGGUAUUUAGUAAAAAAAAUGUAAUAAGGCCUUGAGUUAAAAGCAUUCUUUUGUAAUAUGUAUAGACUUCUCUUGUUUCUUAUCUAAAAAUCAUAACAAAGAACUCUUUGAUGUACAUUUUUUUAAAAAAUAAAUAAAUAAAAGAACAUA